AUGAUCACACUGUGCUCCUUGGUAUUCCUCCUAGCCUAUACGGCACUGGCUACAGACUGGAUAGACUAUCCUACCAAUGGUUUUGCGACGAUGACACACUAUACUCUUCCAGAGGACUUUGUUGCAGCAUGCGGCUGCACUCCAGAUAGCACCCACUAUCCAACAGCUGCUAUGAGCCAAAUGGCAUAUGGGAGUAGUACAGCGUAUGGCCCUUCUUGCGGACGCUGCUUCAAUCUCACUUUGCUCAACACUUUUACGUCCGAUCCGCCGUUCUAUCCCCAAGUCAAGAAUAGUGUUAUAAUCAAAGUCACAGACCUGUGCCCGCUGGGCGGGAAUGGUUGGUGUUCAGCGACGGCGAACAAGCCAAACGCAGGCGGGGCAUACUUGAACUUUGACCUAGCAUGGCCCUCGAGCUCCAUACCUUCGGAUUUCUUCCCUUCCAACAUCACACUAUAUGGGUAUACUGACUUCGGCGUGUGGAAUGUGAGCUACGAGAGUGUCAACUGUCUACAAGAUUGGGAGGGCGGACAGGCAUCCGAUGCGCUCGGGAGCGCUGCAGAUAUCGGAAGCGUGUGCUGUCCAGCCAAUCCCACCCCAUUUGGCAACGAGACUUGCCCCUCGUAUUCUGAUGCGAACGGUAUUCCACCGGAUACUACCAAUACAGGCGCAGAGCUCGCUCUAUCAAUACCCUGUUCCUAUCUAUUUAUGACAUGUGUACUUGCUGGAUCUCUACUGUCUUGGAUUUUGUGA